CAUUUGCUCACAAUAUCCUCUCUCUCUCUCUCUCUCUCUCUCUACGUUUUAUCCAUUUUUCUCACUUUAUCCAUUUUUUCAUUUCAACACAUGCAAAUGGCGGAUACAGUGGUUAUUAAUGUUUCCAACAACAUAAGUAGCAACGGAGACGUGGUUGUCAAUGGCAACGACGAGAAAAUACUGAUGAAAUUAAGUGGCGGGCACCAUGGCGUGGAUCCAGCCAACGCACUGGACAAUGCCCGCCACGAAUUCGGUGAACAUGGCGGUGUCAACAUGUCGAUUGAGGCUUCCGUCAUGUUCACCGUCAUGGAACCAGAGACUCUCAGCCGAAUUAUCGCCAAAGAGCUUGGUCCAGAAAAUGGUUAUUUUAGUUACAGCCGCAAUUUUAACCCAACUGUCCUCAGUCUCGGCCGUCAGAUGGCGGCACUCGAAGGCACUGAGGCCGCCUACUGUACGGCCAGCGGCAUGUCUGCCAUUGCGUCUUCUCUGCUGCAACUCUUAAGUAGCGGCGGACACGUGGUGGCUUCUAGUAGCUUGUACGGUGGGACCCACUCACUCCUCACACAUUUGUUACCAAGGAUAUGCAACAUAACCACAACAUUUGUUGAUAUUGCGGAUUUAGAAGCGGUGGGGAAUGUGAUUGUGGAAGGGAAGACAAAAGUGCUUUAUUUUGAGUCUAUUGCGAAUCCAAGCUUGAAGGUGGCGAAUACUCCGGAGCUGGCUAGAAUUGCACACAAAAAGGGAGUGACAGUGGUUGUUGACAACACAUUUGCUCCCAUGGUGCUUUCUCCUGCUCGUCUUGGUGCAGAUGUUGUUGUUCAUAGUGUCUCCAAGUUUAUCAGUGGUGGUGGUGACGUUAUUGCAGGAGCAGUGUGUGGGUCUGCAAGCUUUGUAAAUUCCUUGAUGGACUCUCAACAAGGGACCAUAAUGCUUUUGGGUCCAACAAUGAAUGCAAAUGUGGCCUUUGAUCUAGCACAAAGAAUCCCACACUUAGGUCUUCGGAUGAAAGAACAUAGCAACCGUGCAUUGGAGUUUGCAACCAGACUUAAGAAUUUAGGAUUGAAUGUGAUCUACCCUGGCCUUGAAGACCACCCACAACAUGAACUAUUGAAAUCAAUUGGCAACAAAGAUUAUGGAUAUGGUGGAAUUCUAUCCAUUGACAUGGGGACAGUGAAGAAGGCUAACAAAUUCAUGAGCUAUUUGCAAAACUAUAGUCAAUUUGGUUUCAUGGCUGUUAGUUUAGGGUACUAUGAGACCCUAAUGUCUUGCACUGGUAGUAGCACAAGUAGUGAGAUGAAUGAGGAGGAACAAAAACUUGCUGGAAUCACACCUGGACUAAUAAGGAUGUCUGUUGGAUAUAUUGGAACAUUGGAGCAAAAGUGGAGUAAGUUGGAAAAAGCAGUUCUUAAAUUCAAUGAAAAUUAUUAGUCUUUUCUACUUUUAUUUUCCUUGUAUUUGGGUGGCUUAGUGAAAGAGGGUCAUGGAUAAAUAAAGUUAAAUUCUUAACUACCCAUUACAAUAAAUUGUAUAAUAAUGGUCAAAGUGUACCCUCUUUUCUACUCUUGUUAAAAAAUGUAUAAUAUUAGUAAUGUAUUUUAUAUAA